GAUUCUCUAUUUAGGAGAGUACAGUGUGCCUUAUUCUUCAGAGUGAGGCAGUUCACUGUAUUCUGGACCAUCUAGUGUCCUUUCAAAAUCAUCAACGGUCAUUUUGUCCAUCUACUCUCACACUUUGUCCCAUCUUCCGUCCUAUCUUCCGUCCCAUCUCCCCCCUUCCUGGCAAUCAGCUCCGUGCAGUUCGGGGAAACAGUACUUCCGAUCAUGGAACCUGUGAACGCAUCACGCCGUGGCUUGCGUGUGGCUCUUGAAGGUUGCGGACAUGGAAAACUUCAUGACAUCUAUGCCUCAGUCCAGGAAGCUGCCAAGCUCAAGGGCUGGGAUGGUGUCGAUUUGGUCAUUAUCGGCGGUGAUUUCCAAGCCGUUCGCAAUUCCUAUGAUAUGAAUGGAAUGUCGGUUCCCAAAAAGUACAGGCAGAUUGGUGAUUUUCACGAGUAUUACAGUGGAAAACGUACUGCUCCAUAUCUAACUAUCUAUGUCGGUGGGAACCACGAAGCGUACAACCAUCAGUUCGAACUCUACCACGGUGGGUGGGUUGCGCCCAACAUCUAUUAUCUGGGUGCGGCCAAUGUGCUUCGCUGUGGACCGUUACGUAUCGCAGGCAUAUCUGGAAUCUUCAAGGGUUACGAUUACCGGAAACCUCAUUUCGAGCGCCUGCCUUACAAUGACUCGGAGGUCCAUUCCGCGUACCAUGUUAGAGAACUGGACGUGCGGAAGCUUCUCCAAAUCCGCUCUCAAGUCGACUUGGGGCUCUCCCACGAUUGGCCAAAGAGAGUCGAAUAUUCAGGGGAUCAUCAAGCGCUCUUCCGCAGAAAGCCAUUUCUCCGUGAGGACUCUAUCAGCGGGAAACUCGGCAGCGAUGCUGCCAAGGAAGUUCUCGAACGUCUACGUCCAGCGUAUUGGUUCUCAGCGCAUUUGCACGUCAAGUUUGCAGCACUUGUCCAGCAUGAUGAUAUAGCUCCUGGCUAUACUACUGCCGAUGCUAAGAAUGCUCAGGCAGCUCUUCAGCAUGCAGCUAGUAUCGAACGCCCUGCACAUGCUGCUGAACCAGUCAGAGACAUUGGCAAACCGCACUCUGAGAAAGCACAGCUCUCUGCUUGGAACAACUUCCACGCUGUCGCUGCCAAGACUGACGCUGAAGCAAACGCUCACUUCAUUGAGCGUCAACGCACAGAGCGAGAUGCUGGUGUUCCUCUUCACUCCACAGAGGUGAACUAUCAGCAGACCUGGCGUAAAGUUAACCCUGACGAAGAAUCCGGCGACAGGAAGAUACUUGGGAUCGAGAAGACAGGCUAUGAAAAUGAUGAAAGUGCCAACAAGGAUGAAAACACUGUAGCUGAAGCCUCCACUGUCAAGAACUCUGAUGAGAUCGAUCUUGAUCUUGACGAUCUUUCCGAUGCAGGAAAGCCUGGCUCGGCAGAAGCUGAAGAAAAGAAAGAUGUCAAAAUGUCCGAUGACCUUGGUACUCCCGAAAACAGUGGGCCUCCCCUUGAUGUUCAAGCUCCUGGACAAGGCCAGAUCCAGCAAGUUGAUGGAGUUGAUGAGGUUUCUGAAGACCUUCGCCGUCAGCUACCCGCCAGCUUCGCUCGUCCUCAGCAGCCUCAGCCUCCACUGAAUGGACCUUUCCCAGAGGCCAUCACGAACAAGGAGACGCGUUUCUUGGCCCUUGGAAAGUGUGAGCCAAACCAGGAGUUCCUGCAGCUUACGGAGUUCUACCCUGUUUCGGAGCAGGAUGGCGUUCAGGAGGAGCGCCCCUUCCGCCUGCACUAUGACAAGGAAUGGCUCGCAAUCACCCGCGUCUUCGCAGAUGAUCUACGCGUGGGUGAUCGUUACGCUGGGAUCCCUCCGAACAAGGGUGAUCUCUUCUAUAAAGAUCAGAUUAUUGAGGCAGAAAAGUGGGUGGAAGAAAACAUUGUUCAGAAGGGAAAGCUUGUCAUACCAGAGAACUUUGUCCCCACCGCCCCCUUCUAUGAUCCGGCUAUCCCAGUGAUCACUUCUGAACAGCCCCAUGAGUACAACAAUCCACAGACAGCCGAGUUCUGCGAGAUGCUUGGUAUCGAGAACAAGUUCUAUUUGACGGAGGAGGAACGGGACGCCCGUAUGGCAGCCGGUCCUGCCCCGGAUACCUCGAACCGCCACCACAACAACCGUGGCUACGGCCGUGACGACUCCUUCGGUAGACGGGGAGGUAGAGGUCGCGGUCGCGGUGGUCGUGGUGGUCGCGGCGGUCGCGGCCGAAGAGGGCGUGGCGGCCAAGGCUACGAUAAUCCACAGCACUAUGCCGGCCAGUGGUGAUACAAGAUCUCUCAGUCACCACCCUUCCUCAACAUGUAUGGCGUUGUCGAACGUGGAUCUGGGAACAUUUGUAUGUUUGUCCUUAAUGGCCUUCUUUUACCAUCUGACCUGGGCGUUUGGAGUCAUGUACUGUCUCUUUGUCAUACCCCUGCUUCAUCCUGUUCUUCCUAAAUUGUAACUUUACGGACAGAGAGCGGUGUUGUUCUUUCACCAUGCCUGUACUGAAGUUUUCUCCCUCCCAUUGUUGGGUGUCUUGUUUCAUUGAGAGAAGGGUUGGUCUUCUGUAGAAAGCUUUCUGGGGGCAAAUAUUAACUUGAACGGAUGGUUUGUCAGUACUGUACAAUAGGAAUACCAGCAA